AGGGAUAUAGCUGGAGGCUGGCGGCCCCAGCUUCACUCCUGUCCGGGACUACAGCGGGGCGCGCGCAGCACACACCAUGGACAGCCUCCUGAUGAAGCAGAGGAAGUUCAUCUACCACUUCAAGAACGUGCGCUGGGCGCGCGGCCGGCACGAGACCUACCUGUGCUACGUGGUCAAGCGGCGCGACAGCGCCACCUCCACCUCGCUCGACUUCGGCCACCUGCGCAACAAGGCAGAUUACUUCUACUGCUGGAACACCUUCGUGGAGAACCACGCGCGCGCCUUCCGGCCCUGGGACGGGCUGCGCGAGAACUCGGUGCGGCUCUCCCGACAGCUGCGGCGCAUCCUCCUGCCUCUGUACGAGGUGGACGACUUGCGUGACGCCUUCCGCACUUUGGGGCUCUGACAGGAGCGGCGGGGACACCGCGGCCUGUCCCCUCCGAGAGCGGACGCAGCCACCCCCCCGCACGCCGGCUGCACGCGGCGUUCUUCCCGCG